UCUACACUAAGGUGAUAGCCGCUGGGGUAUUUACCACAGCACUGGGUCUUCUAUGAGAGCUUGUUCCUCCCCGUCCUGAUCUAGGAACUUACUUCCUGUCCACCUGGUGACAUGGUGCUUCAUCUGCGUCCCUCCUCCUGUCUUUCUGAUCAUCCUUCCCCUGUUCUGACUCCUGGAUAAGCUCUUCUGAUCUUUGCAUAUACUGUGCAUGUGUCUCCCUCCAUCUGCUUCUCUUUGCAAAUCAUCUUACAAGAGUCAAAUCCACUACCCGUCGAAGUUAUGCUUUUCACCUUCAUUAACUCUUAUCCAUUACAGAACUGCCCUUUUGUUGAACUCAGAAAAUGAAGGAAAUUUGCGUUUCCAAUUUCUUUCAGACUUGGAGACUAGACCCGAGAGCAAAGAUUCCACUUCAGUGCAAGAUUUUUCCAAAGAGGAGUCAUGCCAGGUUGCAGUAAUAGACAGGCUGACAAGGAGUAGCGUCUAUGACUCCGACUUGGAAACAGCUCUCGAGUGUGAAAACUGGGUAGAGAACCAGCAAGGAGAUCAGGAGAGACACUUGAGAGAAAUGCUCUCCCACGUGAAUUCACUCUCCGAAGAGAGGGCUCGUGAGCAUGAUGUUUACUGGAAAAACUUCGGGCAGAAGUCAGUCCUCCUCCCUCAAGACAGAGUUCCCAAAGGAUCCUAUGCCUUUCAUACCCUUGAAAAAAGAAUGAAACAGAAAUCAACCCUAAUGAAAAAGCAGAGGACCUAUAAAGAGAAAAAGCCUCAUAAGUGUAACGACUGUGGUGAGCUCUUCACUUACCACUCGGUGCUCGUCAGACACCAGAGGGUCCACACCGGGGAGAAGCCCUACAGCUGCGGUGAGUGUGGCAAGUCUUUCAGCCACAGGGCCAACUUAACCAAACAUCAGAGGACUCACACGAGAAUCCUUUUCGAGUGCAGUGAAUGCAAGAAGGCCUUCACGGAAAGUUCAUCCCUCGCGAUACAUCAGAGGAUUCACGUUGGAGAGAGGCCUUACGAGUGCAGCGAGUGUGGGAAAGGCUUCAAUCGAAGCACCCAUUUCGUGCAGCACCAGUUAAUCCACACAGGCGUGAAGCCGUACGAAUGCAACGAGUGUGACAAAGCCUUCAUCCAUUCGUCAGCUCUCAUCAAACAUCAAAGAACUCACACGGGAGAGAAACCCUACAAGUGUCAGGAGUGUGGGAAAGCCUUCAGCCAUUGCUCUUCCCUUACUAAACAUCAGAGAGUUCACACCGGGGAAAAACCAUAUGAAUGCAGCGAAUGUGGGAAAACCUUUAGCCAGAGCACACAUCUUGUUCAGCAUCAGAGAAUCCAUACUGGAGAGAAACCCUACGAGUGUAACGAGUGCGGGAAAACCUUCAGCCGGAGCUCAAAUUUUGCCAAACAUCAAAGAAUUCACAUUGGAAAGAAGCCGUACAAAUGUAAUGAAUGCGGAAAAGCCUUCAUUCAUUCGUCAGCUCUUAUUCAACACCAGAGAACUCACACUGGAGAGAAACCCUACAGAUGCAGUGAGUGUGGGAAAAGCUUUAAGUGCAGCUCAUCCCUCAUCAGACAUCAGAGGAUUCACACUGAAGGGUAGCCCUGAGAAGUUCCUGAAUGUGAGAAAAUGUAAGUUGGUCUUGUCUCUGUGUUCGAUCCC